GGCGCGCUGAACGAGCCGAACUCGCUGCAGUCGUACACGACGACGUGCGUGUCGUUGCCGAUACCGAGAUCUCCGUCAUGGCGGCUCAGACUCGAGCUCUGGUCUCCGCUCAGUGGCUCAUUAACGCCGUCAGAACCAACCAGGUGGGUCCGAAGCUGCGCGUCCUGGACGCCUCGUAUCACCUGCCGCACAUGAACCGGGACCCCAAAGCGGAAUGUGGACCUUCUGCUGAGUCGGUGUCGGUGCUGGACGGAGGGAUGCGGGGCUGGACGGCUGCCGGCGGGCCGCUCACUGCGGAGUCCUGCCGGCCGGAGCGGACCGACUUCAGGGCGACUCUGGACCGGGCCUGGGUGAAGAGCUACGAGGAGGUUCUGGAGAACGUCCGGACCAGACGGGUCCAGGUGGUGGACACCAGGUUUGAGGGCCGGUACCGGGGCACCGAGCCGGAGUUCAGAGACGACGUCCUGCCUGGACAUUUCCCCGGAGCCAUCAACAUGCCGUUCACCAGCUUCCUGGAUGAAGGUGGGAAGAUGCAUGGACCUGAGCGUCUGUCGGAGCUGUUCAGAGAGGCAGGCGUGGACCUGAAGCAGCCGCUCUGGGCUACCUGUGGCUCAGGUGUGACGGCCUGUCAGGUGGCUCUGGCUGCUCACCUGCUCGGACACCCCGGGGUUUGCAUCUACGACGGGUCCUGGUAUGAGUUUUUCAAGAAGGCGUCUCCAGAGUUCAUCAUCUCCGAGUGGGAGGCCAAGAAGGUCUGAAGCAGCCGGAUGAUGCUGGAACCACCCAGAAGAGAAAUGCUGCUGGAUUCUGAUUUUUACUGGAGCAGAGGAAACAGAGGUUGUUGGUGGUUGUUAUCAAAACGGGCUGCAGAGCUGUGAGACGCUGACGUGUUUCUGAAAGCAACCACAAAAGAUGGAAAACAGCAACUGAACAAAGCAGCGAGUUAAACGCCUCAAAGAGCAACAGAGCCGCACAGGACUGGAACCUCACAAGUCACGUGACUCGGAUGUGGGCCAAUAACAACCAACAGAACACGUAAACAUCUCACAGUUUUAAAGCCUGUCACGUAGCGUUGAUAUGUGUUGAAAGUGCUCCAGAUCUGAAACAGUCCAGUGCCUCAAACCUGCAUUCUCUGUGGCUGCCAGCAGGGGGCGACUCCUAUUCAUGUAAACAGAGCCUUAUUAUGAUUAAGCUAAAAACAAUCACGUUUAAAGUUCUGAGCACGAGUUUGUACAAGAUUUUACUUCACAUUGACGAAGAGAACAAGCUGCUGACCUCAGACGGUCAACAUGUGCUGCUUCUGCUGCAGCUGUCCUACCUGAUGAUUAUAUUUUUGAUAUGAUAUUUUAUAUGAUAUCGCACACAAUUCACAUUAAUGUCCGACACGGGAUGUGAUUUUAUUCAAAUGCUUCAGUAUUAUUAAUAAAUUUUGCUUGAAAAAGAGA